CGGUGGGCCUCCACCUGCAGAACCCAACUUUUCAGAAGACUGCAGACAUGCUCAACUUUCUUGUGUUGACCUCGCUUGCGGCCCUAGUGCUGGCUGAGCUGGAGGUGGAGCCCCGAUACCUGGAGGAUGACGAUGCUGAAGAGAGGGUUGUGGGAGGUGAGGUGGCCAGACCACACUCCUGGCCUUGGCAGAUUUCUCUUCAGUACAAGUCUGGAAGCAAUUAUUAUCACACCUGUGGAGGAACCCUGAUCAGGAGGGGAUGGGUGAUGACGGCCGCUCACUGUGUGGACAGAUCAAUGACUUGGCGCGUGGUUCUUGGAGAGCACAACAUCCAGGUCUAUGAGGGCAGAGAGCAGAAUGUUGGCGUCAGCCAUGUCUAUGUCCACCCCAACUGGAACUCCAACAAUGUUGCUGCAGGGUGGGACAUCGCUCUUUUGCGUCUCUCCACUGAAGCCUCCCUCAACAACUAUGUCCAGCUGGGGGCACUGCCUCCCUCUGGCCAGAUCCUGCCCCACAACAACAACUGCUACAUCACUGGAUGGGGACGCACCCAGACUGGAGGUCAGCUGUCAGCCCAGCUGAAACAGGCCUACCUGCCUGUUGUUGACCACAGGACCUGCUCCAGCUACGGCUGGUGGGGCAGCAGUGUGAAGGAGUCGAUGGUCUGUGCCGGCGGUGGAAGUGAGUCAGGUUGCCAGGGUGACUCCGGCGGUCCCCUGAACUGCAGCGUCAAUGGAAAGUGGGUUGUCCACGGUGUGACCAGCUUUGUGUCCUCCUCUGGGUGUAACACCUACAAGAAGCCAACCGUCUUCACCAGAGUGUCCGCUUACAUCAACUGGAUGAAUAGCAUCAUGGGUUGAGACGAAGGACUGUCGCCAUGGAGAUGAACAAAUGCUGGAUGUAUUUCAGGAUCUGCACUAAAAUAAAGUGUUCAACAAAGCUCA